GGUCAUUCACAUUUUCGUAGCCCACACUUCUCCAACAUAUAUAUAUAUGAGUUAAUGCAAAGCAAGCUUUGGAAGGCAAGCCAGUUGAAAUUCUCGUAUAGUAAAGAGAAAAAAAGGUAUAUUUAGAAGUGAUGACACUAGUAUCAUAGGUGUGGGGAAGUAAGAAUGGCUAUGGACACUCCACUAUUGUUAGAUAACAACGAGGAGUCAGGUGAUUAUGUUGAGGAGGGGAAGCUAUGGAACUUGGUUGAGAGAUUCGGGUUUGAGUCGAAAAAGCUAUGGAAAAUAGCAGGCCCCGCGAUUCUGACUUCUUUAUGUCAGUACUCGCUUGGUGCACUCACUCAAACAUUCACUGGCCUCGUUGGUGAGCUCGAUCUUGCUGCUGUUGCAGUUGAAAAUUCUGUUGUUGCUGGCCUCGCUUUUGGGAUCAUGUUGGGAAUGGGGAGUGCCUUGGAGACACUUUGUGGGCAAGCAUACGGUGCGAGUCAGAUCAGGAUGUUGGGAGUGUACAUGCAAAGAUCAUGGGUCAUCUUGGUCACCACUGCCCUUGUUUUGGUGCCUGUUUAUGUUUGGUCUCCCCCCAUCUUGAGGCUCAUUGGAGAGACUACUGAGAUCUCAGAUGCUGCUGGAAAAUUUGCUCUAUGGAUGAUACCACAAUUGUUUGCAUAUGCUGUAAACUUUCCAAUCCAAAAGUUCUUACAGGCACAGAGGAAAGUCCUGGUGAUGUUAUGGAUAUCAGCAGUUGUUUUGGUGUUACACACUUUUUUUAGUUGGCUUCUAAUAUUGAAGUUGGGAUGGGGCUUAACUGGAGCAGCAAUUACUCUAAACACAUCAUGGUGGUUGAUUGUCAUUGCACAAUUGUCGUACAUUUUCAUCACUAAAUCAGACGGAGCUUGGAGUGGAUUCACAUGGCUAGCUUUUGUAGACUUGUUUGGUUUUCUAAAGCUCUCUUUGGCUUCAGCUGUUAUGUUAUGCUUGGAGUUUUGGUAUUUGAUGAUAAUAGUGGUCAUAACAGGGCGUUUGACAAAUCCCCUGAUUCCUGUUGAUGCCAUAUCUAUCUGUAUGAACAUAAAUGGCUGGGACACCAUGAUCGCAAUUGGGUUCAAUGCUGCUAUAAGUGUGCGAGUAUCAAAUGAACUGGGGGCUGGAGAUUUCAAGACAGCAAGGUUUGCAGUGUGGGUGGUUUCGAUCACAUCAGUGUCUAUUGGUAUUAUUGUCAUGAUCGUAGUGUUAGCAACCAAAGAUUAUUUUCCCUACUUGUUUACCACGAGCGUUGAAGUUGCUAAUGAAACAACAAAACUUGCUGCUUUACUCGGUGUCACAGUAGUUCUGAACAGCCUUCAACCGGUCCUAUCCGGUGUUGCUGUUGGAGCUGGCUGGCAAUCUCUAGUAGCAUACAUCAACAUUGGCUGCUACUAUAUUGUUGGAUUACCGGCAGGGAUAGUCUUGGGAUUCACAUUUGGUUUUGGAGUAGAGGGUAUUUGGUCAGGAAUGAUUGGAGGCAUAGCUUUGCAGACCAUAAUCCUUAUAGUCGUCACUUCAAUAACCAAUUGGAAAAAAGAGGCUGAACAAGCAGAGAGUCGCGUGAAAAAAUGGGGAGGAUCAAUUGUGAGCAAUGACUACAACUAAGAUAAUGAACAUGAAAGGCUGAAAGUGUGUCACACUCGCAUGACAGCAUUUACCUCAAAUUUUUAGUAGUCGAAGUAUUAUUCUCUUUAUUAACUAGUCCUUAAAGCGAAAACUAAUUAUGUUGGUAGUUUUUAAAAUCAAAAACCUAUUUUAGCUUCUAUAUUUUGAAAUUUUUGAUGUGAUGAAAAUUUGGUGUAUGCACGUAGAUGACGUGCAACCCGUAGUUGAAACCUUUGUACCAAUGUUUUUAAAUUUGAAUUCAUCGUUGAAUCGGCUAAUACUAUU